AGCCUCGGCCAAUCAGAGGGAGGAGGAGAGGCAGAGGGAGGAGCGGGAGAACCACGCGUCCUUCAAUAAAUAUAAGAAAAGCCGUGCACCUUCUCCAAGUGUGCAUCUCUAAACACUGAAACUUCCCACGGAUAGAGGCAGGAGGGCAUCAUGUCGGACAAGAAGGCAGUGAUCAAAAAUGCAGACAUGUCUGAUGAAAUGCAGCAGGAUGCAGUGGACUGUGCCAUGCAGGCGAUGGAGAAGUAUAACAUAGAGAAGGAUAUUGCUGCCUAUGUUAAAAAGGAGUUUGACAAGAAGUACAACCCAACGUGGCACUGCAUCGUUGGCAGAAACUUCGGUAGCUACGUGACACACGAAACCAAACACUUCAUCUACUUCUACCUGGGUCAGGUGGCUAUUCUGCUGUUCAAGUCGGGCUAAAGCAUACACCUCCCCCCUGUGCCGCAACGUGUAUGCUGUCGCCUUUCUGCAGACAUGCCUACCUCCCUGGUCCACCGCUUUCAUCCGUCAAAUUACUUUGUGCCAACCGCGACGCAACCAUCAGUGUUCAAUGCUUUAGUCAUGUCUUGACCGACGAAUCAUAGGAAGUCCAAGCAUUAGGAUCAAUCUGAUGGCGGCCCCCUUGGUCGGUGUUUGUGCAUCUGACAGCCUCGGUUAUUAUUUUGGUGUUCUGCUUUGUGCUGGCCUGUUCAUUAUUUCAGACAAGUUUUGAUGUAAAAAAUAACUUAUUUUUCGGCGCAUCAAAAUGAGCAACAGAGUUUUUGUUUCAAAUGCCUUUUUGAUUUUUCAGUGACAACUGAUGGACUUAAGAUGCCAGGACUGUUGCUUAUAACUAAUAAAAGCUGUGACGUGCAGAGAGCUGUGGAGGUUUGUAUGUGCUUUAACAUUCCGGGUCAUGCCUGUAAAAGACGCGCGGCGUCGACGCUGCGCAUCUGUGAACUCGUUGGGUUGCCUGGCAUUGUGAUGCUUUCCGUCGACACAUCAGAAAUGUUGAGCACAAACCAACUUUGACAAUUAAAUAGUUCAAAGAAUG